GGGGAAACCCAAGGCAAGGCCUAGGCCAAGGCAAGGAGAGAAAGAAAGAGAGAAGGGGUCUUCACUCUCUCUUCACUUCACUCUCUCUCUCUUCUCUUCUCUCUCUCCUUUUUUCUCCUUCUCUCUGCUUGGGGCUGAGCUCCCCACACCUUGCACGCCUUUACGCUCACAUAUUCAAUUCAAUCCGCCCCCAAAGUCCUCGCCUUUACUCCUUUUUCUCCCUUUUGCCCUUUUCUUGGUCGCUCCCCCUCUCCCUUCACCGCCCUCCCCCCCAGCAUUUUUUCUUUUCCUUCACACCUCCCCCCUUGUCUCGCUUUUAGAUUUGAGAAAUCUAGGGUUUCGGUUUUUAGAUGGUAUCUGCGGGCUCCGCGAGGAGUCGGGGUGCUCUGGCUUGUUGCUCGCUCGCGUGUUGGCACAUUUCGUCUCGAAAAGGUUCCGCCUUUGUGUCUCUGGCGGCGGAAAGAUGGAGUUUUUCUGCUAAAUCUGUUGUUUAGGUUUCGUGGGUCGAGGUUGGAUUCUCGUUUUGAGCUGGAAAUCGCGCAUUGCAUCGUUAGGGCUGCCGUUAGACCUUGUGUUGCUGGGUUUUGUUUUUGGGAGAUUGCUGAUAGAGCUUGGAUUUUCUCGGUCUCUGGUUGUCAAUUUCUCUCUUUUCACCGGUGAGGUUCUUGUACUUAAAUUUUUUUUCUAAGCUUUUGCUGGUCAGAGAUUCACUGUCUUGUAGAACCCUUGAACGUGUGAUCUUGACUUGAGCUUAGUGAAAUUAGGUGUCGAUUUGUGCGCAUUCUGCUGUCGUUCCUAGUUUGCUUCUUUUUAAGUUGAUAGGAGGUGAAGACACUAGCUUUAGAUAUUGUAAAUGCAUGGAUGGGAGAGAAGCCAUGGCUAUGUCUGGUGGGUCAGCUCAAUAUUUCAUACACAGAGGAGUGGCAUUAAGUGGAGCAGAAGGCAGUGGGUUGAAUGCCCCACCGGUUUUUAGACAAUUGGCGAAUCCUCAUGUUCAGGCUCAGUCCAAUGUCCGGUCCAGCUUAGGCGGACCGGUAUAUUCAGCCGAACAAUCCAAUGCCAAUUUCUCUCAUGGCAUUAAUAUGGGGAUGUCCUCCGCAAUGCCAUCGAGUGAGCCGGUAAAGAAAAAGAGAGGGAGGCCCCGGAAAUACGGGCCUGACGGGAAGGUUCCUUUGGGGCUUUUGCCUCUGUCUGCUACGCCUUCGAAUGCUUCUUCUGGGUCAAAUACGGAUUCUCAGAAACGGGCCCGGGGAAGGCCGCCUGGAAGUGGGCGAAAGCAACGCUUAGCAGCAACUGGUGAAUGGAUGAACAGUUCAGCUGGAAUUGCUUUUGCCCCACAUGUGAUCACCGUAGGACCAGGGGAGGAUGUUGCUGCUAAGGUAUUAACUUUCGCCCAGCAAAGGCCAAGAGCUGUAUGCGUAUUAUCAGGGAGUGGUACAGUUUCAGCUGUAACUCUACGGCUGCCUGCGUCUUCUGGUGAAACUAUCACAUUUGAGGGUCGCUUUGAGAUAUUAUGUUUGUCGGGAUCUUAUUUAGUUGCUGAAGAUGGUGGUCCUCGCAACCGCACUGGUGGAGUAAGUGUUUCACUUUCAAGUCCUGAUGGGCAUGUUGUUGGUGGCAGUGUUGCGAUGCUUGUUGCGGCAAGCCUGGUUCAGGUUGUGGUGUGCAGUUUUGUAUACGGUAAUACUAAGCCAAAGAACAAAGAGGUGGCUGCUCAUGCAGUUGAUGAGGACACUAAACCCAAGGUUGCUGAUAAUAAAGCUAUUGUCCCAAGCAAUGCUCCUUCACAAAGCUACACUCCAUCCCCAGUAGGCAUUUGGCCCGGAUCACGACAGCUUGAUUUGAAGAGCCUCCAAACCGGUAUUGACUUGACCCGUGGUUGACGAAUUGACUCUUUGCUGCAACAGACACAUAUCAGGUUUUGUAUAUAUGUGUUGUUGUAUAUUGAACCAAAAUUUCUAGAGCAUAGGAUGUAGAAUUUGCCUUGAUAUUAAGUUGGAGGCUGAUGGAUUAUUGCUAACUUAUUCUAGUGACGAGGUCCAUUUUCAUGUCAAGGAGCUAUGUUGUGUCUUUGAGCGUAGAGUUUUUCUUGUUUAAAAUGCUAAUCCGCAUCAAUGUUUCUUUUGGUAAACUCUUCCCA